AUGAAGUUCCUCUCUGUCCUCACCAUCCUUACCAGCCUGGCCGCCGGCCUGUCGCUCGUCGCCGACAAUGCUGUCCUGGACGACGCCACGGCCGGAGCCCUAGAGAAGCGGGCCCUGUUACCGGCUAAGCCAGCUGCCGGCAAGGCUGCCGGCGGCGGCGGGAGCCCCUCGCCCGAGCCCGCGGGCGGUGCCAUGCUCAUCUGCCGGCACGCCAUCACGCCCGCCAAGGUGCACAGCAUGGCGGGCGUCGUCGACCACAGCAAGACGGACGCGCUCAUGAAGAGCCUCGGCGGCCACCACGUCGAGGUCAUCGUGGGCAACGACAACCUGGGCUGGAAGGCCUAG